AAUUGCUCAUGUUUUAUUUCCUCCUCUUAAAAAUGUCGAACUAUGACUGCAACUUUGAAAAAUUAGUAAUGAAAACAUGAUAUGUAAGACGUCAGAGAAAUUGUGCGAUAAAUUGCAAAAUAUAUGCGAAGAUAGAAAGCGAAAGUAGGCAUCCUAAAAAUAGAUAUCUUGGUAAGGGUUUCCCCAAAACGGCCUUUUUGAAUAUACAUAUAAAAAGCGCAAGAAAACAGAAGAGGAUAAUUUUCAUUAAAGGAGGUUAUAUUUUCCAGAAGAAAGGUCCAUUCCUGCAGAAAAAGGAAACAGAAAAAGGUUUCAUUAAUUCUAAGAAUCCUGAUGGUCUCAUGCAGUUAAUCACCUGACAUCAUAGAGAGGUUACCACGAGUUCAGAAUGGCGGAGGACCAGAAGGACCCGGAGGGUCCUUUAAGUGAUUUAUAUGAUUCAACAACAUUAGAGGAAAUUAUUAAAGAUAUUCAGAAAGGAUCAAAUGACCAGGGGCCUGGAAUGGAUAUUGAAGAUAUUAACGGCCCAACGAUUCAAAAUCCUGGUCCAAUACCAGAUGGUAAUCCAUACAAUGGAGGACUGAACAAUGGCCUCACACAAAGACAGUCAACAAUGAAAGUCAACGUAGCCAACCGCAUGACAAGGUUCAGAUACGACACCGAGCUUAAUAAUCGCAACAUUGGCAAAGAAGAACUCAUGUCAGUCAAGUUCAUCAAUAUAGAUACAGAGAUUUUUGUGAGAAUCCACUGCGUUGACCAUGUAAACAAAAAGGCACAUCCCUUCUGUUUGAUUGGAGACAGGUGUAAACAUGGACUGUAUUGUGAAAAAUUCACUCCCACUGCUGAAAAUAAGAGUACAUUAUCCUGUAAAGCAACCAUAAAAAUUCCCAAAAGAGGAGAAUAUGAAGAGGAACUCAAAAAACGAAAAGAGGCCAUGGAAAAACACCUGGGCUUAUUUAGUGAUGAAAUGAAGAAAGCUGGAUACUGGAAUACAAAUAAAAAUGUCAAAGAAUGUAAAUGUGUGUCAUUGUGUGUCGAGGCCUUCUACAAGUCAGGUCAUCAGAUGUUCAUGCUUAUGGAGAUCACCCCCAGCUUGUUAAAUGCCAAGGAGGGAAGGGGAUUCAGUGUCCACACCAUCCGUCCAUUUUCUCAUUACUGCACUGGCUCCCAGAGUCAAAACGAGAAUAUGCUGAUAGUUCUGACGGCCGACUCUUUUAUCCCCAAAGGGAUAGAGAUCAGAUUUCAAGAUGAUGAAGGAUGGUGUGUAAAAGCUGAGAAACCUACAAUAAUAAAAAAUGUACUAGAAGUGAAAAUACCACCAUACAGGAACAUCAAACUAGAGGAGGCCAAGCAAGUGAGAGUGUUUGUGAGGUCUGAUAGCAAGGUCAAUCUGGAGGCCAAUCCCAUCACCUUCAUGUACAAACCACAUGAAGGGACAGUGAUAGAAACCAAAAAAAGAAAACUGCAAGAUUACAGUAACAUUCCCGACGACAUUUUAAUGGAAGCAAAUGGUGCAGAUACAAAACUCAGAAUUAAAUCACAACUGGAACGUAGAAAAAAGAUCAGUAAGGCAAGUGCCACCAUUACAGCACCACAGCCAAAUGAUAGUUCCUGUGCCCAGAACAUUUUGCCCAGUGAACCAGUAUUCAAUCCAUCACAAAAUCUGGAUCCCAAUUUUGAUUUCCUCCAGAAUAUGACAUCUGCCACAUCUACAACAUCUGCCUCCAUUCCUGCUGUGCUGACUCCCUCUAAUGUUCCCUUCAAUUCUCCUACACAGCCUGGUUAUAUGGAUGCCAAUACCAGUCAGAGUAUGAUGUAUGGAAACCCCACCAAUCUAGAUUAUCAAUCAGCAGCCACAUAUCAGAUGCCAGUUUCAUCUCCUCAAGCAAAACCUCAGAUUUCUGCCCCACAGAUGAACAUGUCAGUUCAGUCACCACAAAAUCACUUGCCACUUCAGACCCCCUUGGGUCAAUUUUCUGUGCCCUCACCACAAAACAAUGCAGUUGGCUCUGUCACCUCACCCCAACCUCCCCAGUCUCCCAUGGGUAACAUAGGAAAGUUUAAGACUGUAGCCAUUGCUGGAACAAAUCAGUGGCUCCUUGUUGACCAGUUUGGGAAGCCUAUUCUUGUCCUGGGUGGUCAGAAUGAUGAAGUGUCAGCAAAUGUUGUUCAGGAGCUUCCCUCCAUGGGGAACAUGGGAUACCUUAGCAGUCCACCCCAGUACGACAUGUCUGCCUCCUAUCAGUCUGUCAACCAAUCUAGUGAUGUACUUUCAAUAAAUCCACUCCCCACAUCAACAGAUAAUGAUCUGGAGGUGGAUAAUGCUGGUGAGAGUGCAGAUACCUCUUCCUCUGUCAGUGCUUCUGGGUCACCUAAAAAAGGUAAACCACAAAACAAGUCAGGAACAUCAAAGUCAAGCGAGGACUCCAAGGAGGAGGAGGAGGCCGUAGAGGAAGAAGACGUGGAUGAGGCUACAAUGAGUAUGGAGAAGAUGAGUCUUGAGCUUCCUUGACCUACAUAGACAGGUGAUACAG